GUUCUCAGGAGAAUGGAGAAAGGACCGCUUGCUUGGGUUUGGGGCCACCAUCUGCUGGAGAGACCGGGGCAGCGUGGAGGAAUGGUGACGUCCUGGGUGGCCCUCGUCACCCCCGUGGCUGAAGAUGAGGCUGCUCCUUCUCUUGUGCUUUGUCUUGAACAGUGUCCUGUGUACCCAGCAAGCCUGCUCCCGCGGGGCCUGCUAUCCACCUGUUGGGGACCUGCUCAUUGGGAGGACGCGGUUUCUCCGAGCUUCCUCCACCUGCGGACUGACCAAGCCUGAGACCUACUGCACCCAGUAUGAUGAGUGGAAGAUGAAAUGCUGCAAGUGUGACUCCAGGUUGCCUCACAAUUACAACAGUCACCGAGUGGAGAAUGUGAUUUCGUCCUCGGGCCCCAUGCGCUGGUGGCAGUCGCAGAACGAUGUGAACCCUGUCUCUCUGCAGCUGGACCUGGACAGCAAAUUCCAGCUUCAAGCCAUCACGAUGGAUUUUAAGGGGCCCAUGCCUGCCGGCCUGCUGAUCGAGCGCUCCUCCGACUUCGGCAAGACCUGGCGGGUGUACCAGUACCUGGCUGCCGACUGCACCUCUGCCUUCCCGCGGGUCCGCCAGGGCCAGCCUCAGAGCUGGCAGGACGCUCGGUGCCAGCCUCUGCCCCAGAGGCCUGACGGGCGCCUGGAUGGGGCCAAGGUCCAACUCAAGCUUAUGGAUUUAGCCUCUGGGAUCCAAGCAAGUCAGAGUCAAAAAAUCCAAGAGCUGGGGGAGAUCACUAACUUGAGAGUCAACUUCACCAGGCUGGCCCCCCUGCCCCAGAGGGGCCGUCACCCGCCCAGCGCCUACUAUGCUGUGUCGCAGCUGCGUCUGCAGGGGAGCUGCUUCUGUCACGGCCACGCUGACCGCUGCGCCCCCAACCCCAGAGCCGCUGCCGGCCCCUCCACCUCUGUGCAGGUCCACGAGGUCUGCGUCUGCCAGCACAACACAGCCGGCCCCAACUGUGAGCGCUGCGCGCCCUUCUAUAACAACCAGCCCUGGAGCCCUGCCCAUGACCAGGACCCCCACGAAUGCCAAAGGUGUGACUGCAACGGGCACUCAGAGACGUGUCACUUUGACCCCGCUGUGUUUGCCGCCAGCCAGGGGACACAGGGAGGUGUGUGUGACAACUGCCGGGACCACACUGAGGGCAAGAACUGUGAGCGUUGUCAGCUGCACUAUUUCCGGAACCGGCGUCCUGGGGCUCCCAUUCAGGAGACCUGCAUCCCCUGCGAGUGUGAUCCGGAUGGAGCCGUGCCGGGUGCUCCCUGUGACCCCGUGACCGGGCAGUGUGUGUGCAAGGAGCAUGUGCAGGGGGAACGCUGUGAUCUCUGCAAACCAGGAUUUACAGGGCUCACCUACGCCAAUCCGCAAGGCUGCCACCGCUGUGACUGCAGCGUCCUGGGCGCCCGGCGGGACAUGCCCUGUGAUGAGGAGAGUGGGCGCUGCCUGUGUCUGCCCCACGUGGUGGGCCCCAAAUGUGACCAGUGUGCUCCCCACCACUGGAAGCUGGCCAGCGGCCGGGGCUGCGAGCCGUGUGCCUGCGACCCACACAACUCCCUCAGCCCCCAGUGCAACCAGUUCACAGGGCAGUGCCCCUGCCGGGAAGGGUUUGGUGGCCUGACCUGCAGCACUGCGGCCAUCCGCCUGUGUCCCGACAGGACCUACGAGGACGUGGCCACGGGAUGCCGAGCCUGUGACUGUGACUUCCGGGGAACCGAGGGGCCGGGCUGCGACAAGGCCUCGGGCCGUUGCCUCUGCCGCCCCGGCUUGACCGGGCCACGCUGUGACCAGUGCCAGCGAGGCUACUGUGACCGAUACCCGGUGUGCGUGGCCUGCCACCCCUGCUUCCAGACCUACGAUGCUGGCCUCCAGGAGCGGGCCCUCCGCCUCCGCAGCCUCGGCAACGCCACCGCCAGCCUGCGGCCCGGGCUGGGCUUCGAGGACCUCAGCCUGGCCUCCCAGAUGCAGGACGCCAAGAGCAAGAUGGAGCAGAUCCAAGCGGUCCUCGGUGGCGCCGUGGUCACGGAGCGGGAGGUGGCCCAGGUGGCCAAGGCCAUCUUCUCCCUCAGGCAGACGCUCCAGGCCCUGCAGCCGGAUCUGCUCCCGGAGGAGAAGACUUUUCUGCUCCCAGGAGACCUGGAGAAUCUGGAUAGAAACCUCAAUCGCCUCCUUGUUCUGUAUCAGAGCAAGAAGGAGCAGUUUGAAAAAAUAAGCACUGCCGAUCCUUCAGGAGCCUUCCGGAUGCUGAGCGCGGCGUACCAGCGCUCAUCCCAGGCCACUCAGAAGGUCUCGGACAGCUCCCGCCUGCUGCUGCGGCUCAGGGACGGCCGCAGAGAGGCGGAGGGGCUGGUGCAGCAGGUGGUGCGAGAAGCAGGCGCCGGUGGCCCCCAGCUCGUGGCCCUGAAGCUGGAGAUGGCCUCUUUGCCGGAUCUGACAUCCGCCAUCAACAAGCUCUGUGGGGGCUCCAGGCAGACGCCUUGCACCGCAGGAGCAUGCCCCGGCGAGCUGUGUCCCCGAGACAAUGGCACCACCUGUGGCUCCCAGUGCAAAGGUGCUCUCCCCAGGGCAGGGGGCGCCUUCCGGACGGCAGGGCAGGUGGCCGAGCAGCUGCGGGGCUUCAACGUCCAGCUCCAGCAGACCAGACAGAUGAUCCAGGCGGUGGAGGAAGCCGCCUCAAAGGUGCAGGCCGAUGCUCGGCGCCUGGAGACGCAGGUGAGCACCAGCCGCACGCGGAUGGAGGAAGAUGUCAGCCGCACGCAGUUCCUCAUCCAGCAGGUCCGGGACUUCCUCUCAGACCCUGACACUGACGCGGCCACCAUCCAGGAGGUCAGCGAGGCCGUGCUGGCCCUGUGGCUGCCCACGGACUCGGCCACGGUCCUGCGGAAGAUGAACGAGAUCCAGGCCAUCGCGGCCCGGCUCCCCAACGUGGACCUGGUGCUGUCCCAGACCAAGCAGGACAUCGCGCGGGCUCACAGGCUCCAGGCCGAGGCUGAGCAGGCCAGGAGCCGGGCGCACGCCGCCGAGGGCCAGCUGGAGGAUGUGGUGGGGAACCUGCAGCAGGGCACCGUGGCGCUGCAGGAGGCACAGGACACCAUGCACGGCACCCGCCGCUCCCUGCAGCUCAUCCAGGACAGGGUUGCCGAGGUUCAGCAGGUGCUGGGGCCAGCAGAGAGACUGGUGAUGGACAGGAUGGAGCAGCUGGGUGGCCUCCGAGCGCGGAUGGAGGAGCUUAGCCUCCAGGCCAGGCUGCAGCAGGCGCAGGCGGCCCAGGCCCGGCAGCUGGCAGAGGAGGCCAGCGAGCAGGCGCUGAGUGCCCAGGAGGGAUUUGAGAGAAUAAAGCAAAAAUACGCGGAGCUGAAGGACCGGUUGGGCCGGAGCCCCAGGCUGGGCGAGCAGGGCGGCCGGAUCCUGAGCGUCAAGAUGGAGGCGGAGGAGCUCUUCGGGGAGGCCGUGGCCAUGAUGGACAGGAUGAAGGACAUGGAGUCGGAGCUGCUUCGGGGGAGCCAGGCCAUUUUGCUCCGCUCGGCGGACCUGACGGGGCUGGAGAAGCACGUGGAGCAGAUCCGCAGCUACAUCAACGAGCGUGUGCUCUACUACGCCACCUGCAAGUGAUGCAUCGGCCGGCGUCCAGCCCACGGCCCUGCUCCUCUGCUCUCUUUGCUUGGGGGCGUCAGCCUGGGUCGGAGUACCUUCCAGCCCCAGGAGACCUUUAUGCAGCCGAAGGCACAGCCUGGACCGCCGUUGGUGUGCAGCCGUUAGGCCUGCUCUGGGCUGCGGCUGAGCCUGAGCAGGUGGCACAGCUACACUUGAGGGACAACGACGGUGGAGGCGGCUGUCAUUGUGACCCGGAGCGCUUAGGUCGGGGGCGGGGAGGGGGCGGGGAACUUGGCUGGGCUGUGUCCUUGCCUUUCAUUCUCCAUGGAGGCUGAAUCCCGGACCAGCACAAAACCGUAACUAAAAAUGAU